CGCAGGAGAGCGGGGCAGAAGCCGAAUGGUGGAGCCGAAGAUGGCGGAUGGCGACAGCGGGAGUGAGCGCGGCGGCAGCAGCGGGGGAGGAGGCGGAGGGGGCGGCUUCCAGCACUUCCAGCGGGACCAGGAGACCCAGGAGCUGGCGUCCAAGCGGCUCGACAUCCAGAACAAGCGCUUCUACCUGGACGUCAAGCAGAACAGCAAGGGGCGGUUCAUCAAGAUCGCCGAGGUCGGGGCCGGGGGCUCCAAGAGCCGCUUGACCCUCUCGCUGUCCGUGGCGGCGGAGUUCCGAGACUACCUCGGGGAUUUCAUCGAGCACUACGCCCAGCUGGGGCCUAGCAGCCCGGAGCAGAUCGCCCAGGCCACCGUGGGGGAGGACGGCGGACCCAGGCGGGCUCUCAAGAGCGAGUUUCUGGUCCGGGAGAACCGCAAAUACUACCUGGACUUGAAGGAGAACCAGCGGGGGAGGUUCCUCCGCAUCCGGCAGACCGUCAACCGCGGACCGGGCUUCGGAGUGGGCGGCCCGGUGGGCGGCAUGCUGGCCGGCCAGACCAUCGCCCUCCCCGCGCAGGGCUUGAUAGAGUUCCGAGACGCCCUGGCCAAGCUCAUAGACGACUACGGCGGGGACGACGAGGAGCUGAGCGGGGGCCCCGCGGCCGGGGGCUACGGGGAGCUCCCGGAGGGGACCUCCAUCAUGGUGGACUCCAAGCGCUUCUUCUUCGACGUGGGCUCCAACAAAUACGGCGUGUUCCUGCGCGUGAGCGAGGUGAAGCCCAGCUACCGGAACUCUAUCACCAUCCCCUUCAAGGCCUGGGGCAAGUUCGGCGGCGCGUUCUGCAGAUACGCCGAGGAGAUGAAGGAGAUCCAGGAGCGGCAGCGGGAUAAGAUGUACGAGCGGCGGGACGAGUCCGAGGGGGACGACGUGGACGACGACUGACCGGAGACCGGAGGCGCCGCUCCGCACGCGCGUCCGCACCGAGGCAAGAAAAACAAGACGAAAAAACGAAAAGAAGAAGAAACAGAUGUUUAGUCCGAGUUACACGACAGAUCUGCAAUAUAGGGGUAUUUUGCAAAAGAAAAAAAAGAGUGCAUGACAAAUCGUGCUGUUAUAGCCUACUAAAGUAUCGUGGCGUUAAAAAAAGUACAUGUGCAGGGAAAUAUUGGUGUUUUAUCCUUAAAGGGGUUUGAGGGUUGGAGUGAUUGUGUGAAUCUAUGAAAGUGAGAAGAAAAAAAGAGUGCUUUAUUGUGAGAAAUAAUAAUAAGAGGAGGAGGACAGAGAGAAGCUACUAAAACCAGCAGAUUUGGUUUUUAUAACUAGAAGUGAAGCCGACGAGGGCUUUUGUUUCCCUAUUUGUAGUCUAUAUUUUAAAAAUUUAAAGGAAAAAAAAAGAACAGAUUGAGGACCUGUUUGAGAGCAUCCAUCCUGGUUCCUGGUCCAGGUCACUCUCUCUCUCCUCCAACUGUGUGUGGAUUUUUUUUUUCUUUUUUGUGGGAUUCUUGCAAGUGAAUCAGAGGAACCUGGAGAGGAAUGUACAGAUGGGAGAGGGGAAGCUCGCCGUUUUUUUGUGGAUGUUUGUGCAUUAAGAUAAGUCAUCAGCAGCAGAUGGAGAGCUGUCAAAGCGACCAGCAGCUGCAGCAUCUGCAGAUUACCCAAAAUGCCAUGAGGAGGAUUAACCAUAAAGCCCGACAACAAGAGGGCCUCGUGGACUAAAUUAAAAGCUUUGACUCCAGUAGUCAGUUACGGCGUGGAUCAGCUGGGUUUUAUGUUAUACAUACAAAGAAAUCGUCGUUUCCGGUCAGAUUCACUCAGCGAGGAGGAGGAGCGGCGGCGGCGGCAUGUGCUCCUCACACCAGAGCAUCCCUGGUGUCGGAGAGGACGGUGCAGAUCAUCUCAUCACAGGACGGAGGGUCCGGACGGGAGAGGCCGGCCUCCGCCUCCUCUUCCUCGCCCUCCUCGUCCUCUCCCGCCGGGGCCGGACAUCUUCCGCCACACGCGAAGAAACCCUGGACAGAAACGCAAUGAUGGAUGUUUUCUUUUGCUUUUCUUUAUUUUUUAUUAAAAUUAUUUCUUUUCAGAAGA